CACGGGAUAGGCAUCCAUGAUUGCCGGUCAGCCAGCCACUGCCCCUUGCCUCUGUUAUCGACAGCCGUCCUCAGGGGCAGCGCGGUGCCUACCUCCUCCCUCCCUCCUCUCUCCGUCUGUUGACCCCCCCGCACUAUGAGUUGCCGGUCAAUCCCCACAUAAACCACGAUAACAUCAAUGAAUAUGCAGUCAGCAUCGACAUGCAGUCUUGCAAACGCGGUCGAAUAUCCGUCCGGCUUCGAGAGAACUGUGCAGUAACCCGUCGAGCCCAGGUUGCUCCCGCUGCAACUCGCAACCUGGGGAUGGUUGCGCGCGUAAAGUUGAACAACGGAAUAAGUAGGGAAAACCGGGGAAUUGCGGUAGAGUGCUGCUACUACUAGAACUAGUACUAGUAGCAAGCACCUCGGACUUAGCACCAUGAACGAAGUUCCAAGCAUUAGCGCCCAUCUCUUAAGUCUCAGCUCGUUUAUGAGACCAACACCCCAAGUAAAUCCCCCAUGUCGGCCUUCGGACUCCCGCUGCCACCGUUCCCGACGUCCAAGCGGUCGGCCUGUAACCGCUGCCGCAGCCAGAAGCUCCGUUGCCCGCCAAGGGAGCCAGGCAGCGAGGCCUGCUCACGAUGCAUCCGCCUGGGCGCCAAGUGCGAGACAAGCUAUCCAAGACCGCCCGGCCGCGGCGGCGGCGGGAGGACUAGUGGCAGUAGCGUCUCGGCAUCGCAGCUCAAGCCCAAGCCCCCGCCCUCGAGUGUAGACGCAAUUGCGGCAGGGUUGUUCCUCCCACCCACGGCAGAUGCGGGCCAUGUGGCACAUGCAGCGCCGAGUGUGGGCUCAGUCAGCUCCCAGCACCUUCAUAACUUCGCCUUCUCCCUACCGGAGGAUUCGCUCGACAUGUUUGGUCUAACACCGCUAUUCGACAACCAUAUCCACAAUCUCAGCCACAACGAGGACCCUGCUUCUUUUCUUGACGACGUCACCGGCGCUGUCCCGCCGCUGCUACAUUCGGGCGAUGUGAGCAGCACCACGUGGGGACACGGACCUGUAGACGGUGACCGGCUAAGGGAGGAUGAAGACCAAGAAGAACAACAGCAGGACGAAGAGGACGAGGACGCGGACGGGGACGAAGGGCUAGGCGCAGGCACAGGAACAAGCAUUAGCCAACUCACGCAUGUCUUGGACUGUAACCACCGGCUGUCAGCUCUGAGCUUGGAUCUGUCCCGACAGCUCAGGCAGUACCUGAUUGUGGCAAGCCCGGCUCGCACGCAAGGGGGGACGCCAACCCACCCGGAGAUGAUGGUCCUCGACCAAGCGGAGGAAAGCAGUUCCACGACGCCGGAGGAGCCGCUUGCGUCACGCCUGCUAGCUGAUGCCCUCGCCGACUCGGCCGAGUUCCUCACCAUCAUUCAAUCCUACCGCCCAGAGAAGCGCCGCAUGAAUAAUCCUAAUACUAAUAGCAGCAGCAGCAGCAGCACCAGCAGCACCAGCGGUGGCCCCAGCACGCCGCGGCCGGGCAUGGUGGUCACACUACACCUCCUGGUCGUCUACCUGCAGUUGGUGGCCAUCUACGACCGGCUGUUGCACCUGCUAAGCGACCAGCUGCUGGUAUUCCAUGGCGAUAACAAUACUACUAGUACUAGUAGUAGUGAUAACAACAACAACAGCAGCAGCAGCAACAACAGUAGCAGCGUCUACCUUGCAGGGGCAGCAAAUCAAAAUCAAAUUCAACAUCAGGAGAAGACGGUGCUACCGGCGUUGGCGCAACUGGUCUCCUUCCCCUCGUCAUCGUCCUCCUCCACCGCACCUGCUUCCCAGCGACGUACUUCCAGUGCAGGCGGAACGGUCGGAUCUCCCGGCGGCGCCAGCCUGCAAACCAAGAUCCUAAUGCACGCCAUUCUGCACCAGUUCGAAACCAUCGAGCGGCUGCUGGGUCUGCCGGGCGAGUUCCAGGUCACGGAGCGGCAGCAGCUAUGCCGUCCCCCGACCAGGCGGAACAGCGGUGAAGGGGGAGGAGAUGGUGGUGGUAUUGGUGGCGGCGGCGGUGGUGGUAUAACCCUAAGGGAUGCUAUCGUCAGCCAUGAGGGGUGGUAUGACAGGGAGGUGAGUGCAGAGGAUACGAGUGGUAGUACUACUAAUGAAAAGGUUGGGGUGGUAGGGUUGGGCGCGUUGGCUUCGUUAAGGGGGAAGCUUCGGAGUUUACAGGUGUCUUUGAACAUGUAAGUUCGAGCCGGUCAUUUUCAUGAAUCAUAGGGAAUCCUCAACAUUGGGAACGAACCGACGUGAUCAUAGAGGUGAUAGCUCCUUGAUAGGUACUCGUAGGAGGCGAUGCAGCAGGCACAUCAAAUUGAGCAGUUGUCUUGUACUACCUGUUCAAUUAUUUCAUCCUUGCUGGAGGAUACUAUUGUAAUGUUACUGUUCC